UGAGCUUGCAAAUCCAAAAAGUCUCACACUCAAAACAUCAUCCAAUAUCAACAACUCUUUUCUUCUACUAGUCAAAAUGGCAACCACGACACUCUUUGUUAUUCUUAUUAUCACCAGUGUUCUUGCUUACCCUAUAAACGCGAGGAGCCUAAUUGCAACGAAGGCAAAAUCAAAAGCAUCAGCUGAUGAACAGAAUGAAUAUUUCCAGCACCCUUUUUUGCCUUUUUUUGGUGGUUUUGGUGGUGCAAUUAGGCCUCCAUUUGGUUUAGGAGGCGGCAUUGGUGGAUUUGGUGGUAGUAUUGGAGGUGCUUUUGGAAGUGGUUUUGGUCCUUUCACCGGAAAUGGUGGAACAAGUAGUGCUGGAGCUGGAACUGGAGCUGGAGUUGGUACAGAAGGUGGUGGAGGGUCUGGUGGGGGAGGUGGUACUGGCGUAGAUGGAGGGUAUGGUCAUGGUAGUGGUUUUGGAGCAGGUGCAGGUUUUGGAACUUUUGGUGGACGUAAAGGUGGUGGUGGUUUUGCAGGGGGGGGUGGAGGAGGUGGUGGUGAGGGUGGUUCUGCCGGAGGAUCAGGUCAUGGUAGCGGCUUUGGAGCUGGAGUUGGUGGGGCAGGUGGAGGUGGUGGAGGAGGAGGAGGUGGUGGUGGUGGUGGAACCAACGGUGGAUAUGGUCAUGGAAGUGGUUUCGGGAUGGGUGUAGGUUUUGGUGGAAAUGGUGGUGGUGGUGGAGGAGGAGGGGGAGGUGGAGGCAGCAAUGGCGCGGGUGGAGGUUCUGGAGCAGGUGGUGGUGGUGGAGGAGGAGGUAGAAAUACGAAUGAUGAGAUUGGUGGUGGUUCUGGUUAUGGUGAAGGAGAAGGCAGUGGAUAUGGUGGCAAUUAUAGUAAUGAUAAUGGUGGCAUUGGAAUGGGAUUUGGUAUUGGUAUGGGAUUUGGCUUUGGAAUGGGAACAGGUACAGUAAGUGGAAAUUCUAGUCCAAUUGAUGAAGCUAGCAAGAAUGGUGACAAACAGCCCUAA